AUGAAAUUAUUUUAUUACCUUUACGUCAUAUUGUUAAAUUUUCAACCGCUUUAUAUUUUAGUUAAAGCAUACAUCCCAAUACCUCGUCAUUUACAUAGCGCCACAUUAGUAGGCAAUAAACUUUAUAUAUUAGGCGGCGAUAUUGGUUCUACCGAUCCUAGUGCAUUUUUGCCUUCAAAUGAUUUCUUUUAUCUCGAUGUCUCUGUCGCAUUUAAUACGACAAAUAUUCCAUGGACAAAUCUAACAGGUGUCGUUGUUAUUCCUAAACAUUCACGUGCAGCAGUGUCUACUAGAGACAAAAUCAUUUUCUUAUUUGGUGGAGGAUUUGAGAAUUCUAGUUAUGGCAUUCCUUUAGUUUACACAUUUAAUACUAUAAAAAGUAUGUGGAAUACAGCUGCUAUACAGGGAAUUCAACCUCCUAGACGCGAAUCCAUUCAUUCGGUUAUUGAUGCUACAGGUAAAAUGUAUAUAUUCGGUGGGGACUAUAGUCCUAAUACAGGAAAUUUGUCCUUGAGCUUUGAUAAUAGAAUGGAUAUUUUGGAUACUGUUGGAUUAACUUGGUCAAGAGGAUCUCAACUCCAAGCUCCCUCGCCAAGAGAUGCUUAUUCCGCCACUUUACUACCAAACGAUAUGAUUGUUUAUCUAGGUGGACCCGGAAAUAAUGCUCAGAAUUUACGAGAGAUAUAUUUAUACGAUACAAAAAGUGAUACAUGGGCAACAAUGAUUACCAUCGGAACCAUUCCUGAUGCACGUGCACAUCAUACAACGGUGCUGGGGUUAAAUAAUGAUCGUCUUAUCGUUUAUGGAGGAUAUUAUACUUCAUCCCCAUUAGUUCACGAUCUUUCUGUAUUAGAUAUACGUUUCAUAAAUUCGCAAGGAUAUGCAAAUCCUGAUAUGUUUAUUCUUGAUAUUAGUGAUGAUUUUGAGUAUAAAUGGGUUACAUCAUUUGAUCCUAACUCCGUUUCUAGCCCAAGUCCCGGCCAUAAUGACCCGUCAAAUUCGUUAAAUGGAGUUAAUAGCAUUAGUACUGGUACAAUUGUUGGGGCUAUUAUUGGAACAUCUCUAGGAA